CUCUUUGAGAAUGGUCCUCUUUCACUUGUUUGAGCAAUAUGGACUGACCAGACAUUUUAAGCUGGACAGCUGUAGGCUUAUGAAGAGCUUUGAAUUGAUUGAAGAAGCAUACUACAAUAAAAGCAAGAACCCAUAUCACAAUUCUAUGCAUGCAGCAGACGUCUGCCAAGCUAUGCACUGUUAUUUACAAGAAGAGAAGUUGCGAGAAGCCCUGACACCCAUUGAGAUAAUGGGGGCGCUGUUGGGGUCAGCGAUGCAUGACCUAGAUCAUCCUGGUGUCAAUCAAAAGUACCUCAUCAACUCAAAGCACCAUCUUGCUGAUCUUUACCAGAAUUCUUCGAUUCUUGAGAACCAUCACUGGCGGGUUGGUAUCUCAGUUCUCACAGAAACGGGCCUUCUAGAUCAUCUACCACCUGAGGAAUGGAAGAUGUUUGUGGAUCAUAUACGAUCGUUAAUCCUGGCGACAGACAUCGCCAGGCAACAAGAGUUCCUUUCACAAUUCCAGAAUAUGCUUGAAGGGAGUGAUCUGAAUCUCAAUAAACAUGAAACUAGGAAAUUUAUUUUACAAAUUGCUCUAAAGUGUGCUGAUAUCUGUAAUCCCUGCCGACCAUGGCAGGUAACUGAAAAGUGGGGCAAUGUUGUGUCCGAGGAGUUCUUCAGACAAGGUGAUAGGGAGAAGGCUGAAGAGUUACCAAUCUCAAUGAACUGCAAUAGAGACACAACUACUAUACCACAGAUACAAUGCGGGUUCAUCGGAUUUGUGGUUGAGCCUCUCUUUAAGAACUGGGCUCGUUUCAUGCCAUCAAACCUCUCAGAGUCGAUGCUUCACAAUAUGAGAGAGAACAAGAGGGUAUGGCUGGAUCGAAAAGAAAAAGAACAGGCAGCUUCAACCCAAACCACAGCCAAACAAAACAGUGCAAUUCAAAGUUCAUCAAAUGAGAAAAAGGACUGUAAAGUGGAAGAGAAAGCGAUGGUGACGGAGAGUGAGCGUGAAGCGAGCUCACCGAAGAGCGUAGAUCUUGCAGAACUGGAGACAAAGACUUUGAAGCUGAGCCCUGCAGAGGAGAAGGUUUCAAUGGAGAGUGGGAACGUAUCCCUUGCUGGGAAACACAAACAUAGUGCAAUCCGGGAACGUACUCACAAGGUCCAGGUGCAUGCGCAUCAGGAACAGGUGCGUCCUCAUUCUGCAGUGCUUUCACCUCAAACGCAUCGUGCUCUCGGUGUGCACAGAGCCAUCGAUGUGACUUUAUCAGACUCCAACACCAUUGGUGUCCAUUCCCACAGUGCAGAUAAUUUACGUAGUGCCAGCUCAACAAGUGCGGUUACAAUGCGGACCGCCAUGGAAGCUAAGCAGAGAGAUAGUAGGUCUCCUAAGGUCAACAAACGCAAAAGUGCAACAGAGAACAUGCUGCAAGGAGGCUUCGUGGGCAGCAGACGAUUGGAAUCGUUUAGUUUACGUCUGCCCCGCUCUCCAAAUACCCUGCGGAAGGAGCUGCGCUUUGAUGACCCUUGGGAAAAGAUCGAAAAGUCACCGCGGUCACCACGGAGCCCCAGCGGAGACCUUUGUAGCCCCGUAGGAAGCCCGCCACCAUGUAUUGAAUCGCCUUUACUCCAACGUGCCAGUCAUCCCCUGAGAAUUAGCCACACAUCUCCCGGUUUAUCAGACAGUAGCUUACACAGUGUAGGUGGUCAAGGCAAUAAUGCAAUAGCAAAGCUUGGACAUGGUUUCAACAACAAUGUGGAUUUUUCUAUGCCUGUAGACGUUAGAUCCGCUUCAUCACUGCUCCAUCAUAACAUGUCGCACAAUAAGCAGCAUGAUGGCUCCGAGCCAGUGUACUGGCAGGAGAGAGGUCUUCUGAUGUACUCGGAACAGAACUCCGUGUCUCCACGAAACUCCAAGCACUUUUUAAAAGCAGCUCUGUCGCCCUCAAGCUCAAACCGGGACACAGGCAAUGUGUUAGAACAUAGGACUAAAGCAACACCCACGAGUCUCCUUGUGAGACCUAACGAAGGUAGAGGGUCUUCACUGGCUAACCCUUCCACCACACAGCAUUCUAGAACAGAAGGAUAUUCAUCAUCUCUCUUGGUACCAAGUGAUUCAUCAGGGAAUAAGGAAAGACCUAGAGAGAAAGGAUCACCAUUCAUCAGGAAACGCAUCGUUGAGAAUCAACGAAAGAGAGAUCUCCAAGUUCCAGUAAUCAGUUCUGGGAGUCUGUCUCCCCGGGUGCCACCAAGGGGUAUGCUGAAUAUCUAUGCUCCUACCUCUCCUCCGUCAGACCAUACCCCUACAUCACCACCGUACUCGGUACCAGCCGCCCUAAGCCCACUCCUUCAAGACUUCACCAGUAAUCAACUAGCCUCUAUCGCUCGGCGUAGACAACAGAUGCAGACUGGAGACCAGCCGUCUCCGUCGUCCUCCACUGCAUCCAUGAGCCACGUCCAGGCUCUAGGAGAUCGGAGUCCACGGGUACAGCGCCAUCUUGGUACAAGGGAGACAGAGUCUAAGUCGGGCACAGGUAGCACCCAUGAUAGUGCAGAACUCUCUAGGUGAUCUUUGAUGAUAUAGGAGGAAGUAUAACCUUUGAACUCUCUCUGCAUUUGAUUUGUAUCUUCAGAGGGAUUGUUUAUUGUGCCAAAUAAAUGUUGAAUAAAGGUUGAUGUGAUGAGUCAGUUAUACAGCUCAUUUUGAUAAGUGAUACAAAAACCCAACUCAGUUCUAGGGAUAUCGUGAUUACACCUUGCUUUCUUGGGGAAAGUGAAAGGGACAAUUUUGAUCAUCGUUGCUAAAAUAUUCAUAAUUGAUUUAUUUGGUAAACUGUUACAUCCAGGUGGGAUAGAACGAGAGAGAGUUAGGUCAUAGUUUGUGCUCUGAGAGGGAUGUGUGAUAAUCUUACAUGUGGCAAGAUGUUGUUUGUCGUACUACCAUCAACCCCAAGUUAUGGCUUAACCUGCAGAUAGCAGACUGUUGUCUUUGGAAAGUGCAUGCUAUUGGAUAUCAUGCUAUAGAAACUGUAGCUCAAAAUUUAGGAUGGUAUAUGAAUGUUAUAAAUAUCAGCAGUAAUCAUAAAGAAUGAACUGAUUCGAUUUGUUUAUUAUUCUGGAAUUGUAUGAAUGAAAAAACAAUGUUUUGAUCUUUUGAGAAAGGAGUUUGAAGUUAGAAGAGGCAUGAGAGACAAAAAUAUAAGAUGAUCUUUUUGUUGUUAUUUGAAUGUGCCUGUUUUUCUAUAGGGAUAAGUUUAGAGUUUUAUUGUAAUGUUUACCCAUAGAGGUAUAAUGUCUCCAUUAGGACAAACUUACAGUUUAUCAUUAUCUUAAAUGCAAGUAAUGACAAAUGAAAUAUUUGAAAGAGAAAAAUCUGCUGAAAAAUUGAUGCCUCUCCGAGUGGAGUAUGUGGUGCCGUUUCUGAAUAAAAGCCAUUUAAACUUUAGUCGAUUAUUACAUUCUUAAAUUGGCAAUGUGAUGAAAAUAACAAAAUCACUAUUCAAAAAUGCAAAUUGGCAAUGUUUUCUUAAAUUGUUCUUAUAUCAGUAAUUUUGACUCAUGUGAUAUCCACGUUAUAUUUUUUCAUGAAGUAUGAAAAUAAAUCAGUAUUGCCAAUUUGGGGAGAAAAUAGGAUUAAUUUUGAUCUUAUGAAAGCUGGGUGCCUCUUUGGGUUAAUAACUGAUAGGUGUUUGUGAUUUCAGUGUGUUUAGUUUUAAUGUGUGGAAUAGGUAGAUAAGAUGAGAAAUGAUAGAAUGGUUUACUGAGUAUAGAGUUAUAUCCCAUGAACAGGGAAGUGAAAAUGAGUUUAUUGUGAAAUUAAGAAAGAUUCAAUGCUUUAUGGAAUGGUCAGAGUAUUGCCCAAGAUGUGAAGAUAUUUGCAAUAACAUUUGUUGACAUUGAAUGUUUUGAAAGGAAAUCAAAUAAAAACUGGAUUUAUUGAUACAGGUAUGCUUAUUGGGGUACCCAUGAAUGUCCAAACAAUAUUAGUUCAUAUCAGAACAUAAUUAUCACCUAGUCACCUGUCUAUUAAGUUCUAUAAUACCGGUAGUCAUGUUGCCAAGCUAGUAACUUAAAUAUAGUGAAAUUGCUGUCUUGCACUUUGAUUGGUGUUCUGCUUCCCACUGCGGGUGACCCAUAUGAUGUCAUUGGGGUUAUUCUUGAUCAUGUGAUUGAGGCAAAAAUGUGCGCCAGGUAUAUUACAUUUGGACAGUCAUAUGAAUGGCAACUGUUAUGUGCGUAGCUGAGUUAAUUUGACUUGUCAAAUUUAUGUCACAUUUCAACUGUGACUAGGUCACAAUCUAUUUGCCAAAAUUGAUCAAUUUCAAUUAAAACUGUCAAUUUUUGAAAUUGUAUUGUCCUAAGAUUUUUUUUUCUUGAUAAUAUUUCUGAAUUUUUUACUCAUUGGGUACCUCCUCCCCUUUCACACAACAAAGCAAAUAAUAUCUCUGUGCGGUCUAUGAUGGGACUGUCUAGAGCAUGUUACUUUAGGGAGGUACAUUGUGAUGUUUGUCUGAAUGCUACCACUUUAGACUUGCAUAUCUUUUGCUGCAAGAGUACGUAGCAACAGACCACAGGAAGUGAGUGUGUUCAAGAGUGAGAUAAACAUUAUGUACAAUGUACAAUGAAUUGGAGGAUUUUCAAUAUAUACAUUAGAAAGCUAUUGGAUUGUUCAUUUGUAAAACGGCAAUUGUGAUGUUGUACCUCGUAAGCCAAGUGAGGGAUUUAUUUGUUUACUUUAAUUGUUAAUGGGUAAAUCUGUAAAACAUUUUGUGUCAAUUUGAUCCAAUUUUGAUAAAAACUAAAAUAUUUCAUAACAUUUGAAAUGUGUGAUGUUUUAGUUAGGUUAGCAAGUGUCAAGUAUACGGCCGGUGUAUGUUGCUGUGUGUUUUUCGUCUUCGUCAAAGGGCUUUUAGGUGUUAGUAUAGACCGAAGGUUAACGCUCCAGUGCAGAUGCAAGCGUAUAUAGUAUCGUAGUUGCUUCCAUGGCCUCCGUAGUUGUUUGUACCAUUUUCAUAGCUAGGUCAACAAGUUCUGAUAUAAGAACCUGCAAGACAUAGUCUCUUUGUAACUUUAGGGAGACUGUUUUAAAGGAGAAGAUGUUUUGAAUGAAUUUAUCUAUGCUUUCCCCUCCCUUUCUUCUUCCAUUGGUUUGUAAUGCUCUGCAAAUGCUUCCUACUAUGUUUCUUGGUCUGUGUUUGUAUUUUUAAUAUCCACUCAUAAUUUUCACCUCAUUCAUUUGCUAAACAUACAUUUAUUUCUUUCUUUCUUUCUCUCUCUUCAUUUCCUUCUUUUUUUUUUACCUUUGUCUUCCUUCCUCCUAAGGGUUCUUUUGUCUCUCUUUCUCCAUCCCACUCUUUCACAUCACCCCCCUCCCCCCCCCCAUUUAAACCCCCUUCCAUUCAUCCCCCCCCCCCUCUCUAUCUAUUACAGGCAUUUUGUCAUAUCUCUACCUUUAUUCAUCUCUUGCCUUUUGUUCUGCAGAUCUUUUUUCUGACUUUCUCUUUCUUCUCUCUAUCCUAUCCAUUUCUCCUUCUCAACUCCCCCUCUCAUUUUUUAAGCUUUCAUGAACUGUUGAUAUAUAUCAGGAAUCAUAUGCAUGCAAACUUUCCAAAUUUGUUUCCUUGUUUCAUUACAUUAUGAUAGACUAUUAUAUUCUUAUUGUAUGUGUAGAAUUAUUCAAAAGGAUAUUAAAUGAUCACUUUUGAUAAUAAAAUCAAGGAAAGUUUAAUAGUAUCUUAUCAAAACCGAUUUCUAAUUACUUAUUCUGUUAUUUGUUUUAUACAAGUACACAUAAAUAGUUGCUGCUGGCCGGUCUAAAUUUACAAUCAGUGCUAGUGUUUUAGUAUUAUUGAGACAUUGAGACGAUGUCUUUUAGUCUCUGGACUUACUGCAGGAAUGGUACAAGUUUAUAACAAAAAAGCUGCAUUUUAUUGUACAAAACUGUUUACAAAUGUGUGUAAUAAUUAUUAGACGGGAAAGGGCUGCUCUUUAUCAAUUAUCGGUACUAUGUUUUGAUAUGCUGGUCACAACAAAAAUACACUGUAAAAACUGUGGUGUUAAAACUGACACCAAUUGGUGUUAAUAGAGGACCACACCCUGAGGUGUUAAAAUAACACCCUAGAGAUUGAACAUAACACCAAAGAGUGUAAAUGUAACAACCAUAGGUGUUGUAAUAACACCUAUAGGUGUAAAACUAACACCACCAAUUUAACACCGGUGUAAAAUAACUGGUGUGGUCCUCUUAUGUACACCGGUUAACACCACAGUUUUUGCUGUGUAGAUUAAUGAAUUAAUAAAUCAAUAUGUUCGUCAUUCUACAAACUCUAUUUACUUUUGUAUUAGGUAUAUUCUUUUGUUUGCUUUAUUAAACAUCCACAAUGAUUGUGUCAUGAGGAUAAAAUACAUUCAGAUUUGUUUUUAAAUGCUGCAUGAUUUACUUUACUCAGUGUAGUAUUAAUGAGUAGAUAUAUACACAUUGGAGAAUUAAAACCCGUAUAAAUUCACAGUUUGUCUAAUUUUAUUUGAUUAAUGUGCUGAUUUUCAUUCAGUUAUUCAGUUAUUAUCUUUGCCAUCUUCGGCAUUUUGCUGUCAUCAUGCAAGUCACCCAUGGCAUUAAAUGUGUAAUAAACUUGUUAAUUGACUUUGUGAUUUCAUUGAUUAUGCUAAUGCAUAUGUAAUUCAUGAAGUGAGACAUUGGUUUGGUUUAGAUAUUUUUGUAGUCUGUUUAGCAAAUCUCCCUUUGAAAAAUCAUAUCAAAAUUAUUUUCUCAUGUAUUUUAUUGCCUGAUUUUCCAUGUACUUCUUCAAGUUUGUUUUGACUGUGUAAUUGUUUUUCAUAGUCAUUUUAAAUUAAUAUGUCAGCUUCACUUUUUUGCAAUCCUAAACAUUAUGCAAUUAAUUGAUUCUACUCAGUAAUAGCAAAAACAACCAUACUGAUAUUAAUUUUGACUGAAAACACAAUUUGUGUAGGAAUUCUAGAAUUGUAACACACAUUCAAGCCAUUUUUCAUCUGAUGAGCAUGUAGAAAUCUUUCUUCAGAAGCUUGCUCUGUCAUCAUAAAUUUGGUCUUGAGAGAUUGAUUGCAAGACUUGAAAGAAAGAUACGAAAUGUCAUGAUGAAAACUAUUACAAUUCAGACUUAUUGUGCAAAGUGAGAGCCUGAAUGGGUAUAGGUAGAAUUUGAUUCAAGUACGUUUUCUAUCAUUUUGAGUUUCCCAAAUGACAACAUAUGGUAUGCGCUCUUGCACCCCCGAGCACAUAAUAGUUUGCCUGUCUUUGCCAUAGUCUCUAACCGAGUGACAUGCACAAAGUCUAUAGGAAAAGGGUCUCUCUUUAGCGGCCUCGUCACUUGGAUUUCUCGGCCUAUAUGCCUAAUUAUUACCUUUGUUUUUAAUCAACAUGUCCCAUAUUCUGUCUUAUUCCUUGUGUGUUUUUUAAAUUUCAUUUACAGUAAAUUGUGUGUCAAUAUACGCACUGGAUUCCAAGCAAUACAUUGAUUUUGGUCUUUUAAAGCAGAUUUUUAACCAAACUGCACAAUAUUCUGCAUCGAUAGUUGUUUUCCAAUUAAAGCUUUAUCUGCUACUUAAUUUCGUUGAGAUAUGCAUUUAUGGCAAUGUAUCAAGUUCAUGUAUUAUGUUGUGUGUUUAGUAAGAAAUUUCAGUAUUUUGUCCUCAGCACGGUUGCUACAUUUCUACUCUAAUCCGAGUAUAAAAUACAAAAGUUUGACAAAAAUAAAUGAAUGCUGAUUAAUAUAUAUAUGACAAGCUAGUGACUUGAACUGAAAUUUUCACGCUUGAUACUGAACAAUACAUUUGUAAUGUAUUGGCUUUUAUGUGUAUGUUCACCAUUUAUGUUAUUUUUGUUGCUACUGUAUGCACUGUGUGGUAUAUAAAGAACUUUGAGAGUUCAGGAACCCAUUUUUAUGACAAACUGUGUAUAAGAUAUGAAGUUGUAUUUAUGUAUUGUAUUUUGGGCAAGACUAUACAUGUUUUCUAUCUUGUUUUGAAUUAAUUGUUGAUGUGGUUUAAUAUAUUGAUGAUAGAUGAAGAAUCUUAAUACAUUCCAGUGAUAAGGCUACUGUAUAUAAUCUUCUUACAUUUAAUGUACAUAAUCAUAGUAUGCUUGUUCUACUGUUUGUAAUAUACUUAGAUAAGAAUCAUGACAAAUAUUGUAAAUAUCUAUUUAAAAUUACGUUUGUGUAGAACAGAGAGUACCUAAGAAAAUUUUUAUCUCAAACAUUUUCCAUAGAUUUAAUUUCCUUUUCGGUCUGUUUUCCCCUGUUUUUGAACUUCAUAAGAGUUAAUUAAGAGUUGGACAAUUUACAUUAAACAUAUCAAAUUUCACUGUUGCAUUGACCUUUAAAAGGAAAUAAUAAUAAAUACUGUAAAAAUGAA